GGCUGACAUCAGGAAGCCGAGCAUCUCAGAUGAGAAGGUCGAAGUCAUCAACGAUACCGCUGGGAACCAUAUCGAUGCGAUUGCAGAGAAGAGGCUGUUACGAAAAUGCGAUCUAUAUGUCCUGCCGCCUCUUUUCGUGCUCUUCUUGCUUGCGUUCCUUGACAGUGAGUAACGCUAUUCUCAUCCAAACACACACUGACUUCUCGAAGGGACCAAUAUCGGCAAUGCGAGGAUCCAAGGUCUCGAGGCUGACCUCGACAUGCACAAUAAUGACUAUAAUAUAGCGCUCUUCAUCUUCUUCAUUCCAUACAUCCUCUUUGAGGUGCCAUCGAACCUAGUGCUCAAGAAGCUCGCUCCGUCAACAUGGCUAUCGCUAAUUAUGAUAUUGUGGGGCAUUGCGACCAUUGGUAUGGGUCUGGUCAAAAAUUUCGAGGGACUGAUCGCUAUGCGCGUCUUGUUGGGUUUCUUUGAAGCUGGGCUUUUCCCAGGUUGCGUGUAUCUCAUUUCCAUGUACUACAAGCGCUAUGAGCUGCAGUGGCGCCUGACCCUCUUCUUCACGGCAUCUAUUAUUGCUGGAGCAUUCGGCGGCUUGCUCGCUUUUGCGAUCGCAAAGAUGGAUGGAAUCGCAGGCUACGCUGGCUGGAGAUGGAUCUUCAUCAUUGAAGGAAUUGUCACGGUCGUAAUGGGCUUCAUCACCAAGUUUUGGUGCACAGAUUGGCCAGAGACAGCACGCUUCCUCACCGAGGACGAGCGAGCACUGCUUAUUGCGCGUCUCAGCGCAGACACUGGCGAUGCUGUCAUGAACCGUCUUGACAAGCGAGCUGCUCGACGCAUCUUCUCCGAUCCCAAGAUUUAUCUGGGUGUACUGGCUUACUUCGGUAUCGUCAACACAGGCUACGCCGGCUCAUUCUUCGUUCCCACCAUCGUCAAAGAACUUGGCUACACCUCCUCCGAGGCACAAGUCCGAUCAAUCCCGAUCUUCGUCGUCGCAACUGUUACUGCCGUCAUCGCCGCUUACGUUUCCGACCGCGUUCGAAACCGAUACUGGCUGACCAUAUUGGGUCUGGUCGUUGCAUCAACAGGCUAUAUCAUGCUGUUGGCACAAAACAACCUCUCCGCUGGCGUCAAAUACUUCGCCUUGUUUCUCAUUGUCCCAGGCGGCUACAUUACGCAGCCCAUUGUACUGGUUUGGAUGUCGAACCUGGUGUCUGGGCACUACAAGCGCUCUGUUUCGUCUGCUAUGCAGGUUGGUUUUGGUAAUCUCGGCGGCAUCGUAGCGUCGAAUGUCUUCUUCAAGAGUGAGGCACCAAAGUACCCAACUGGAUAUGGAGUAAGUCUGGGCAUGCUGUGGAUUUGUGGCGCCGCUUGCACAGCAAUGUUCUUUCUAGUCAAAAUCGAGAAUAAAAGGAGGGAUAGAGGUGAGAGAGACUGGAGGCUGGAGGAGCCGGAUGCGGAUAACCUGGGCGAUGAUCAUCCGCAUUUCAGGUUGACGACUUAGACCAGACUGUGGGAUGCUUGGAUAUUCGAACUACCUAGUCUACGCUAUAUGACAUGAACUGACCCUCACUA